UGCCAAGGCCCCUUUUCAGGCUCGCAUCUUCACGUGUUGAUUUGAUUGUGGCUGACUACCUAGGUACCUACCUCAUUUCAGCCAGUCGAUUGUGGCUUGGGUGACCGGUCUAUGGCACUGCUUAUCCCACGAAACCGAAUACUUUGUUGUGUUCAAAAGGAACUUCCUCUCCUCUCUACAACAACCCUCUAUACUAUCGAUACACCUAAAGGCAUUCGAGUUCUGGUUGUGGGCGUCCAGCUUCCAGCUUCGCAUGCAUCUUUUGGCCCUCCAGAACCCCACCACAACUACCCCACCAGCUUAACAGAGCGAGCGUCAUCCGACCUUUCAUUCUGACCACAUAGCAACCAACAAACUAUCGUAUCGCAAGAUGGCAGUCGGCUCUUUGAGUUUCGGAUCGCUGGUGUUCGUAUCAUGUUUGGUGCUAUUAUUACUGCCUGCCCCAGCUGCGGCUUUUGGGGCCGGCAAUAUCCCCAGUAUCGCCCAGAUAGAGGGCAACAAUUUUCGUCAUGGAGAUAUUGAGGAUAUGCUCAAGACUAUUGCUUUCAUCAAAGGGCACAAAUGGACGUCAAUGAUGGUCAAGCGUGUUUACUUUGGCAAUUGGCUACGUGACUAUUCACAGGCCGUUGACGUAGGCAGCUUGAAAGGUGUCUCAGCCCCUACUAUCAGAAUUCUUGUCUGGGUUCUAAGCUUCUUGUCUUUCGGCUAUGCGACUGAGGAAUUUGAAGUAACGGAAGAGCGACUUGGCGUCUAUCGACCUGAAGAGCACAUCGAUAAUCCAAAGGACUACGCCGACAACAAGGACGCGAGAGAAUAUGACCAGCGUCUCCGAGGUCCAGUUCAACCCAGGGAGCUUGAAGUUGACCCAAGCACAGGAAUGAAAAAUUACAUCGCCAAUGAAAGUGGCGGCUGGGCCACUUCUAGUGGUUAUGUUCGCUUCAGUCUCCAAAGAAGUAUUCACUUUGGACGACUCUAUACAAAUGGCUCUGGAAACUCCAAGGGCAAGGAAGAGGAUUUGUGUGAAGCUCUUCGCUGUCUUGGGCAAGCCCUUCAUUGUCUCGAGGACUUUGGUGCUCAUACGAACUAUUGUGAGCUUACCCUCCGUGAGUUAGGCUAUCGCGAUGUCUUCCCCCACUGUGGCGUUGCAACGGAAAUCAAUAUUCGAGGACACCAUGUAUACCCUCUCGUAACUGGUACUUUCGGUGCUGUGGAUUUCCUGCACUCGGUUCUUGGAGAGGCAACAGAUCAUUUCACCCAGACUGAGGUCGAGGAAAUGGACAUAGCUCUUAAGAGUGCCGAGCAAGCUCAAGCCGGUGGUGGAACUGGACAACGCGGACUGUUUGGCUCCGGAGGUGGAACUGACUUCACCAGUCUCUUGUCUCAAGUCCCAGGCAUGGGAAGUGGACUUGCUUCAACGGCACGAGGUCUACAAGAGCAGUCUGCUGAGCAGGAGUAUCAGAAUACUUUGAAGCGAAGCAGCGUCGAGACUUCAUUCGCGGGUCCCCCAGGGUCACAUUUGGGACAUUCUGGCAAUCAGGUUCCUGGAAUGAGUGAAAGCUUUGAUCCACUCAAGACUGCAAAGCAGAUCUACCCAAUCUUGGAGUUCAGAGAUAGAGUCGUGAAAGCAAUCAGUGCUACCAUUGCCAAAAUCCCUGGGUUGGAGUCUCUGGUUGAGAAGAUUAGCGAGACACUGACGGUGUUCAUUCUAUCACUGCUUUCGCCAUUUAUAAGACCUAUCAUCGAUGCUGUUUCAAAGUCUCUGAAAGAAGGUUCCUCAACUGUGGUUGAAGCGAGUGCCAACUCUCAAUUUGAACCCUGGAAUGAUGCCCACAGCACCAAUCCCACACACUCCAUGCUCUCCAAAGACCAUUUCUCCAACAAGUUGAACGGAGUCGCUGGUCGUGUAGCAACGACAAUCCUGCAAUACGUUACUCCCCGCGUUCUGUACGCCUGGGAGAACCCUGGAAUUUCCGUCGACGAAGUUAUGAACGACAUUCUCCGGACAUUCCACCACCCAGCCAUUCGGGAUGAACACUGCGAACUCCACCGCAACAUGUUCAAUACGGUCCGAAAGUGGGUUGACGAGCAACCUGACCGCGGACAGCUCAACCACGUCCUCAGCUCCGCUUCUGUCAAGGCUGGCCGUAACCACAAAGAAUCUGGUGGAGCAACAGGUUCAAGAGACUUACACGACCAUGGUGCCCUUGGCGGCCACGGCAAGACAUCUGGGUCGAUAUGGACCGAGAUUCGCAGCCGUGACCUAGGAGCUAUGGAAGGCCAAGAUGUGAACGCAGCGUUUUCUUACAUGGGUGGCCCAUCGCCUCAAUCAAGCACACCCGGCAUGCCUCACCAAUCCCCAAACUUUGGAUACCAGAACCUACCUCGACCUGGAAGUUCAGGUUACAAUCGUCCGACUUCCUCUCAAGGUGGGUAUCUGGCUCCUAAUCCUCCGCAAGGAACUUAUCAGGGAGGCCCGCCGCCUGGAAAUUACCAGCAGGAUUACAAUAAUCCUCCUUACCAGCAAGGCCCACCAAGUGGGUAUGGACAGAACGCUCCCUACCCCGCUAACCCACCUUUCCCAUCAGGAGGCGGAGGAGGUCCCCCAUACCCGCCUUCGAACGCACCAUAUCCGCCUGAUCACCAACAGCCUUCAUAUGGCGGCCCUAGCGGGUAUGAUCAGGGUCCACCUCAAGGCCCUCCAGGUGGAGGAUAUUGGCCGCAAGGUGGUCCACCGCAACAUCCACCAUACGGCAAUCAAUACCCACCUCAACAGCCCCCGUAUGGUAACCAAUACCCGCCUCAGCCACCUCAGCAGCCUCCAUACGGCGGAGGUGGAGGAUACCCUGGAUCAGGAUACAGUGGUGGAUAUUAG